GUGACUAAAUUUCCCAUUAUUCAUCAAGUAAGUCGCUUGGGUAAAGUAGUAGUCCAAACAGAUACUUUCAGAGCUCAUCUGGCGCUGAUCAAUUUCCUCAAAGGUAUGAUUGGUCCCGGCUGCUUCUCACUACCGUUGGCAUUUCGACAAGCUGGACUAUGGACCGGAUUCGCCCUGGUAUUUUUCAUUGGUCUACUUACGUGCAUUUGUAUGGCGAAAAUAGUGCGAUGCAGUCAAUUUUUAAGUUCACGGUAUGUACUUUACUGGUUCACAGAAAACGUAUCGGAUAUCGUUUACGUACAUAAUUCGAGUUAA